AUGAUCACAGUGUCUGGUAUUGUGGGCAGGGCUGAUGUCUUGGCCUGUCUGCUGUUCUUGCUGACGUUCCUCUCCUACAUCAGGAGUGUUGGUGUGUGUGUCUCUGAGGACUCUCUGCCCUCCACGGUGUCUGCUUGGUUCCUGCUCGUCAGUUUGUUGCUGGGCACCUGUGCCAUGCUGGUCAAGGAGACGGGCAUCACCGUGUUCGGAGUGUGCGUCCUCUACGACGCCCUGGUGCUGUGCCGCAAGCCUCUUGUCAAUCACCUGUCUGGCUCCAGAUUCAGGGACCUCCACCACAUCUGCAGCCCCUUCAUCAAACGAGCCUGCCUCAUCUCUGGCUAUGUGGUGAUCAUCAUGUCAGUUAGGCUGUGGCUGAUGGGGGGAUCCAUGCCCCUCUUCUCUGAACAGGACAACCCUGCCUCCUUCUCACCACACCUGCUCACCAGGAUUUUGACCUAUUCUUACCUACUGUCUUUCAAUGCUUGGCUGCUGCUGGCCCCCGUCAUGCUGUGUUACGACUGGCAGGUGGGCAGCAUUCCCCUGGUGGAGUCCCUGUGUGACAUGCGCCUCGGGGCCACCGCGCUGCUGGCCGUCGUGAUGGUUGCUCUAAUCCUCCACUGCGUCUUCUCACUGCAG